UAGAACUAAUAACCUCACUUUUUCUUUUUAUAACUCAUACAAUUUCUUCAAAAAUAUAAGUGUAUCACCAUGACUUAUUCAUUAGAAUUAGGUGACAAUUCAACAAUAAAAAUGAAACUUUACCGUAACGUAAAAAACGUGGCGGAAUUACGGCAGAAAAUUCUCAAUAGAACUCUCGAUUGUUGCAUUACGAAACCGAGUUUAAUUGUAGACCCAUUUCAAGUCGUCGUGGCGGCAAAUAAAGCGGUGGUCGCCGAAAAAUUAACCACCAAAAGUAUCUACAGCGAAAUCCUCUUCAAUUUAUCCAUAUCGAAGAACAUCACGCAAAGCUUACAGAAGUUUGGUAUAGACGACAAGGAACGCGAGAUUCUGGUCGUUGUUGUUGAGAGGCCCAACGAUGGGAAUGAUUGUGAAGUCGUGUUCCGGCAGAUAGACGGUGAAGAAAUUGAUGUAUCUCGAUUAGAGGAGUUGGCGAAUUUGCAGGAAAUUAAGAAAGUUUACAAACUGAGCGAUCUUGAAUUUGAGCAUUUGCCAAUGUUAAAUUCAGUUGUUAGUAGAAUAGCGGGUAAAGAAUUUUUGUGAGACUUUUAAAUACCAAAACUUAAAUGUGCUUUUUUACAUUCGAUAGAUGUAGGAAAUAUAGAAAAUGUCUUCAUGCUGCCUAUAACUUUUUUGUUGAAUUUUUGGGGGCAAAACACAUUGCGUUUCACAAAUCAGAAGAUGACUGUAUUAGCAAAACAUGUACAUGUAUUUAGGAAAACUAAUUUACAAGUCGAUUUCCUACAAAUAAAUAAAGAGUAAUCCAGUAAUA